UAUCGGUCAAUGACCUGCUAACGGAAGCAACGGCAAGCUUGAAUAACAAUAUGCAAAGUGUGGCAGGAUCAGUUUUACAGGAUGACAUCUCGAGUCAAUUUAUUCAGCUUAAUGACUCCGUUAGAUUAGGUAAUACCAUUAUGAUUCAUUUUGAAGAUCAACAGGACGUUCAACACAGCAGGAAUUGGCACCCUAGACAACAGCAACGCCAUAAUGAAGGGAGGAGACACAGACAUGCUCUUCGGCCAUGGGAUGAAGACUAUGUUCACGCACUGAGGGGACCUGUGAUCUAUCUCAGUAGUGCGGCGACCGGUCGGACUGUUUUUGCCACCGGAUCAACUCGUCCCCUUGGAAGAGACACCGUUGAUGAAACGUAUCUUUCACACGAGUACAUGAUGUGCAUAGUUUGCAGAAACAGGCCCGUAGAUGCACAACUGCAGCCCUGCUGUCACACAAUCUACUGUCAUGAGUGCGCGGUAUCACAGCCGUUCUGCCGAAUGUGCGGCCAACUGGUGGAGGACUUCAUUAUACAAUGAUAACAAGUUGGCCCUCCAUUUGAUAGGUUUAAAUUAUUUACUCUCCUCCCCGAGGACAGUGGUUUGGUAGCUGUUAUAUAAUAUCUCCGUAUAAAAGUGUCGAGCCUUUUAACAGAAUGUAGAGCUCAUUCUUACCUUGAAACUUCCUUUGAUGAUAGUAUCAAAGUCUUGCGUCAUGUCUAGUGCUAUGUAUGCAUGAAGUAAUACUUGUUGAAGUGCUACUUUUGAAUUGGCUGUCCAUUUUUUCUGUCCUUUCUGUAUUUUUUUAAAGUUCUUUUUUCAAGAUAUUUUUGUAUGAUACAAACUUUACACAUUUUUGUAUCACUAUCACCACAAUAAAGCAACAUGUUGUUACAUCAUUUUUUACUUAUAACAAUGCGGGACACAAUGUAUAUGUUAGUUAGGGAAUUAUAACAAAAUGCAGAUGAAAAGAUUGCCACUAUAAUUGAUCCAUAAUUAAAGUUAUACCUUUAUGAAAAUAAUCUUAUUCUUUAUACAGUUAAAAAUGCUCGUUUGACUCACAAAUUCAAAUAUCAUGGUUUUUUUAUCUACAAAGGAGGGAAAAAGCAGAGCAUUUUCAAAGAUUUUCAAAUUUUUUUCUUAAGUUCUUCCCUACAUUCCUAUAAAAUGGGAGCGAUUGUCUCCCUUUCAGUGAUACAAAAACAGCAUUUAAACCAGAAUGGAGUGUUAAGUAUGAUGAUUAAUUCUAACUUAAAAUCAUGGUAAUGUGGUAUUACUCGUUACCCUGAAAAGAAAAAUUUGUUUUUCUCAAGACUCCAUAUGAUAUUCAAAUAUAUUUCCCAAAUUAAUAUGUGCUGUUAUAGAAAGACCAUUUGUAAUAAGCAUUGGAUAACAAUCGUGUGAUCUUCUUUCUUUUUCAAGAUACAACGGUAUUAAUGGGUAUAUCAAUUUUUAUUUAAUUUUCUAGAGAAUUGUUUAUACUCGGAGAUACAUGUAGUUUUGUGCGUGCCGACUUAAUAAAAAUUAUUCUUCAACGAGACAGAAUUAUCUGUAUAUUUCAAAUUCUAUUUAAAUUUGUAUAGAGAGAUGUUAUUCAAUUAAAGAACCUAUGUUGAGUUUAUUCUUUUGCUGGAACCUCCCUGAACGACUGGAUCAGUAACCUAAAUCAAGAUUAGACUUGCAUAUCUGAGCAAAAGGAUUAAGUAUGAACUGCUCUAGAGUUUAUUGCCUAGCCUUGUAUGUAGGUGCCAGUGUAAAAUAGCAAUUUGUUCAUCCAGUCUUCUGAAUUCCUGGAUAUAUUGUUUUGCUAUCUCCACCCAGAAAUUUAAUAUCUUUUUGACAAUGAAUAUUAAUAACAAUAUAUAAAUGACAAACAGAAAGUUAAGUAAGUAAGUAGAGGUGUGUUUAGUGUUAAUUCCGUAUGAUUAUAUUUAUAUAACACGAGGGAAUGAAUUACCAACAUAAAAAUGUAUAUUUAGAAGUUUAAGUGAAUAGAUAAUUGCCAGGAUAGGUCGAGUCUAAAAUUCAACUAAUGCUAUUUAUCUUUCUAUUCAGAAGUAUUUCAAAGAUGUAGCCUUGAGCUUUUAUGUAAUCUUGUAAUCAAGUAAAUGUGUCACAUCAAAUGACUUACGUAGAUAAGUGAAUAAAUGGUUUUGUAAAUAUACUGCUAUAUAAACAUCUUGUUCUGUAAAUACAUGAAUAAUAAUUAUGUAAAUCUAGUAAAAUGCCUGCGUGGUUAUAUCAUGAAGGAGGAAAUAGUAAACAACAAUAUCGGAAACAUCACUCUAAAACGUGAUUGUCUCCCCUUCUCUGAUGAUUAUUUGGAAUAUUGGUUGCUAAAUCAUAAUGAUUAUCGCAACCGUUGAUAUCUUCUAUUACUGUAUCGCCCUAAAUAGGGCAAAACUACCUGAUUGUAAUCAAACAUUUUCCCGCAUUUUAUUUUUGUAUUUCACAGUGAAUCAUAACCGAUAGAAGAAAUGUUAGAAUAGAUUAUGGGUUAUACUAUUAACUUCCAGCAGAUAUAAACAAAAAAUAUCGAAGUAACGCUUUUGGUAAAGUACUAUUAAAUAUUACGUUACUAUACAUAGUCACCUUAAAAUGAUGUAAUUAGUGAUAGCUGACUAUCAAUAUAGGGACUUUCAGAUUGUAUUCAAUAUCCAUGAAACAUCUGAAAUCCGGAUUUUGUGCAAAUUUAACGAAAUGUGUAGUUUUGUACAUUUUGUUCCCUUUCAUUUUUAUGUAUAAUUCUUGAUAAACCAGCUCAA